UCGGCCCCAGCAAAAGACCAAGAAAGACGUCAUGGUCCAUACCAAAAUCGCUGGCGUCGUAGCCUCGUCUUUCCGCCUCGCCUAACCUAACCUAUUGCCCCGUCAAAAAUAUUAUAUUUCUACAAUAUGCACUCGGCGCCAGCCUUCCCAUCUUAACUCCAGCCAGACUUUCGACUCGCCACCAAGUGACCUGCGAAGCGCGGCCUGUCUACGUUGAAGAGUCGUCGCUGUCGCUAUUUCACAUACCGACCUUACCACAACCACACCGGCAAUCGUUCGUCCCACGCCACACACUCAUACACACACUCAUACGCCCACCACCCACCUACCUCACCUCACGCCUACCAGGCCACUCCAACAAUGGCCUCCCCACCCCCCGCCGCGCUCGACACGAAGCUCGAGAUCCUCAAAAACCAAGUGUACGAACAAUGUCUCGACGAGGAGCUUGAAACCGUGUUCCGGCAACAGGACAUCCUCGACAUGGGAGUCAUACCCGACAGCGACGCGGCGCUGCUGCUCGCUGUGACGCAGCGGCUCGUGGACGAGAAGUUGUUCAAGAUGGUCCGGGAUGGGCAGCUGGGGUGGAUGUACCGUCCUCUCGAGGACGCUCUCAAAUACCGCGGCCUAACCCACGAACAAGAAAUGGUCUACUCCCUCAUCGACGAAUCCAGCACCGAAGGCAUCUGGUCCAAAACCAUCAAAAACAAAACCGCCCUCCACGAAUCCCUCAUGCGCUCCGCCCUCAAAGCCCUCGAGACCAAGCGCCUCAUCUCAGACAUGAAAUCCGUCGAGCACCCCACCCGCAAGAUGUACAUCAAAUCCACCUUACGCCCUUCCGAGAAGGCCACCGGGGGGGCUUGGUACACUGAUAAUGAGCUGGAUGAGGCGUUUAUUGAGGGGUUGACGGGGGUGCUUUAUAAGUACAUUGAGGCGAGGUCGUUUUACAGAUCCACGAGCAGGAGGCCGUUGAAGAGAAUCGCAGGCCGCCCAACACCGAAACCGGCGCAAGGGGGAGAUACCAUAACCCUCCUCCCCCUCCCCCCCACCUACCGCGGCUACCCCUCCCUCGCCGAACUAACCCUCUUCAUCGAGUCCUCGCCCAUCACCUCGACAACCCUCUCCGCAGACGACAUCUCCGCGCUCCUCGACGUGUUGGUCUACGAUCGCCGCAUCGAGCAGGUCGUGGCUGGGCCAGAGGGGGUAGCGUUUAAGGCGGUACGGAAGGCGAUUGUGGGGGAGGAGGCGGUGGAGAGGGGGAAUGGGUUGACGGAGGCGCCGUGUGGGAGGUGUCCGGUGUUUGAGCUUUGCGAGGAGGGGGGGCCGGUUAGUGCGAGUAGUUGUGUUUAUUAUCAGGAGUGGUUGACUGGGGGGGGGUUUUAG